UUUCUAAUUGCAGUCAACGAAACGAUAAAACGUUGAAAAGGAAAAAAAAAACAAAAAAAACCAAGACUAACUCUUCGGUUUCUCUCGCUCUUUUGCUUUGCCGGUUUACGGCCGGUUUUUUUUUUUUUUCCCGGUCCAAGAGCGGUUCCCUGGCUAUGGGGAGGAUGGGGAGCGGUCGGAAAACCUACUCUGCUUCUCCCUCGGAUUACAAGCUUCUAGAAGAAGUCGGAUAUGGCGCCAGCGCAACGGUAUAUAGAGCGAUAUAUAUCCCUUCUAAUGAGAUCGUCGCUGUCAAAUGCUUGGAUUUCGAUCGCUGUAACAGUAAUCUUGAUGACAUUCGGAGGGAGGCUCAAACAAUGAGCUUAAUUGACCACCCAAAUGUAAUUAGAGCAUAUUGCUCAUUUGUUGUUGAGCAGUUUCUUUGGGUGGUCAUGCCAUUCAUGGCAGAGGGUUCUUGUUUGCACCUAAUGAAGAUAGCUUAUCCAAAUGGGUUUGAGGAGUCUGCAAUUAGCUCUAUUCUUAAAGAGACUCUUAAGGCUCUCGAGUAUCUCCAUCUACAUGGACAUAUCCAUCGUGAUGUCAAGGCUGGAAAUAUCCUGCUUGAUAGCAAUGGGGCAGUGAAGCUUGGAGACUUUGGUGUUUCAGCUUGCAUGUUUGACAAGGGUGAUAGGCAACGUGCAAGAAAUACUUUUGUAGGGACUCCAUGCUGGAUGGCCCCAGAGGUCUUGCAGCCUGGAAGCGGAUAUGAUUUCAAAGCUGACAUCUGGUCAUUUGGAAUAACUGCCCUGGAGUUGGCUCAUGGACAUGCUCCCUUUUCCAAGUAUCCUCCAAUGAAGGUUCUUCUGAUGACCAUCCAGAAUGCCCCACCUGGACUUGAUUAUGACCGAGAUAAAAGAUUUUCCAAGUCUUUUAAAGAAAUGGUUGCCAUGUGCUUGGUGAAAGAUCAAUCAAAGAGGCCAACAGCUGAAAAGUUGCUAAAACAUUCUUUUUUCAAAAAUGCAAAGCCUGUAGAGCUUUCUGUGAAAAAUCUUUUAGCUGAUUUGCCAUCACUUUGGGAUCGUGUAAAAGCUCUCCAGCUCAAGGAUGCUGCACAGUUAGCUCUGAAGAAAAUGCCAUCAGCAGAACAAGAAGCAAUAUCACAGAGUGAGUACAAGCGAGGUGUUAGUGCAUGGAACUUUGAUGUCGAGGAUUUGAAAGCUCAAGCAUCACUGGUUCAAGAUGAUGAUGAUGACCUGACUGGAAUGAAGCAAGAAGAAAAUUUCAGGCAAACACUUGAUGAAAAGGCUCCAUCUCUUUCUAGACCUCUUAUGGGGAAUUCAAUGUCGACAAAUGACAUUAAUGGCAGAGGUAGCAAUAGUGGUGGUGAAUUGUCAGAGUCCAAGUCUCUUAUUGCAAAAGAGGAAAUCUUGGAAACUGAUUCACUUGAUUCUCGCAACCAAGAAAAUCUUUGCAAAGAUGAGAAAGAUGGAUCAACUGACGAUCCAAUAUUGUCAACACCAAGAAAGGAAUUUGGGCGUGGACAUAGAAGUGAAGCAGGAAAAACCCCUCCAACUCGUAGUGGUCCCCUCAUGCCUACCAACGUCCUUACUCAUUCUUUCUCAGAAAGGGAGCCCUUCUGCGAAAGGUGGGAGGGCGAAAAUCAGCCUGCAAAUGAGAAGGGUAAGCGUGUUGUAAGGAAAGCCCCAAGUUUUAGUGGUCCGCUAAUGCUUUCAAACCGAGCUUCUGCAAACAGUUUAUCAGCUCCCAUAAGAUCUUCAGGAGGAUUCAGAGAUUCUUUGGAGGAUAAGCCAAAGCCUAAUGUGGUACAAAUAAAAGGCCGCUUUUCAGUAACAUCAGAAAGUUUGGACCUUGUAAAGGAUAUGCCAUCAUGUACGUUCUCACGAAGAUCUUCCCAGGGUUCUCCUCUAAGAAAAUCUGCCAGUGUUGGUGAUUGGCUGGCUGAUUCUCGACAAGUGGCCAACAGUCAGCCACCCAAGGAGGUCGGCAACAAUCCAAUACCUGCUUCAGUUCUCAUGCCUCACCUUCAGAAUCUUUUUCAGCAGACUGCAUUACAGCAAGAUAUCAUUGUGACUUUGUUGAAUAGCUUGCAGCAAACAGAGGUAGUGGGUGCUUUUCAAACUGGGAUGGUGCCUUUGCCAACCCAAAACUCAGAGAAUGAUGCACUUGCUGAAAUGGGUACCUCUGAAAGAGAGCGGUUGCUGCUUAUCAAGAUUUCAGAGCUACAAGCCAGGAUGAUUAAUCUCACUGAGGAAUUGACUGCAGCAAAGUUGAAACACAUAGAGUUACAACAGCAGUUAAAUGCUGCAUAUGGUCGAGAAGAAGAUAGGAGCCGAAGAGGAGAAAAGGACUCCUGAUAAAAAUUAAAAAUUAAAAAAGAAAUGAAAAAGAAAACCAGGGUUGUACAAAGACUAGUGCAGAUUCAGAGCUUUAGAGAGAAGCAGUGAAGGCCCCCAAAUCCUUAGACCAUGCUUCCAAACCAUUUAUUGAAGGAAUUUGCUGCAAGAAAUGAAAGCCUUCUCAGUCGGUAAAUAAACAGAACUGCUCAUGAUAUACAUGUCCUUGGCAUGCCCUUCAUUUGUUCAAACAGAGCUAUCAAAUAUCAAUUUGACUAUCACUGGCCGAGUCAUAGUGGCCAGUUGCCUGGUGGGGAUUUCAGUGGUGGUGGUGGUAUCGCCUGUUUCACACGAACCCUUGUGUUUUUCUGUGCUUAUGGUUAAGUCCAACAAAACUUUAUAUUGCUGGUAAAUGAUACAACCCGAGGUUGGGUUGCACCAUGAUUGUCUUGUCACUGUAAAUGGAUUAGAUGCACAUAAAAGGUUGUGGUUUCUUUGUUAUUAUUAUUAUUAUUUUUAAAUAUGUAAACAGGGCAAAUGAAUCAUACCUUAAACAUUCCAGGCUGA